CAUGGUUCGUUUUCUCCCCCUUCCUCAUGUAGUCUCAGUGUUAUUGAGAGAUACAAGGCGUAGAAAAGAACUUCCCUCAACCCAGAGUCCAUCCCCGGCCCCAGGCAUUUCGACCUCUUCCCAUCCUUCCGAAUUCAGCGGUGCCAGGUUCCCCCCCGAGUUACUAUCCUACAUAUUUAGUUUAUUGCCUUCCGAAUCAUCCACGUUUUCCCUUCAAUCGACGCCUUGGACUCUCUCUCGUGUUUGUAGGUUUUGGCGCAAUGUUGCCUUAGCAACACCUUUCCUUUGGAGCUCAAUUUCUAUCGACACCAGAGACGAUACUUUAUGGAAGAACCUACAAGGAUGUAUACAGAUGCUAUCUUCAGUUCUGGAUCACUCGAAAGAUCAACCGCUGGACGUGGAGAUUCUCAUAUCCGUUAACCCAUUCAAUUCCUCGAAUAGGUGGCAAAUCCUCUUCAGCAUGUUACAUGAUCACGGCCAUCGCUGGCGUUCACUCGUAUUCCGCAUUUCUCUCUGUCUUAUACACACCGCUAUCGAUAUAGGUCAACCACCUGUUUGUGGAUACAAAAUUCUUGAAUCUGUCAAGCUUUGCUCUAUUGAUAGAUCCAGGGAUCACCUCAUGCUUUGCGCUCUCCAACGUGCUCCCCUGCUCAAAAAAGCGAUUCUACUCUCGUCCAACGCCUUAUCACAACCGACAACACCUCCUACCCUCCCAUGGAACCAACUCCUAUACCUUGAUAUUCCAGCUUCACACGUUGGUCCUAUAUCAGAACUGCAACUGCUGUCGGUUUUAUCGCAAUCUACCUCCCUACAAACGCUCAUAAUCAGACACGAUCGAAUCUGUUUUGAUGGUAACGCGCCUUUCAACUCCUCUCCUAUCCGGAUCGAUACUCUCCGUACCUUCGAGCUUCAUCAUCAUCCCCAACGACAGGAAUUCGCAAUCACAUACGAUAGAUGGUUGACCUCCCGUUUGACCCUACCCAAUCUACAAAACCUAGUCCUACAUAACGUGCGAUGGAACAUGGGUAAUAACCUGACCUGCCUCAUCUCUAUGCUUGAAAGAUCCGCGUGCAGGCUGCAGACUCUCUCGGUCACGGGCAUACACGUAGCGGAUGUGACGAUUGAGAGAUUACUACGCUCUCCUGAGGUUGGAGAAGUGACGAAGUUGAAAUUGGAAGGACAUCCAGGGGGCUAUUUGUUUGAUCGUAUCGCAAGUGACGAGAGUUUGAUUCCUCGCUUAACGCAGUUGUGUGUCUACAUGGCUCACGGCGGGGAUGUGGUAUUAACCCCUCCUAUCCGAAAUAUCGUCAACCUGGUACGUUCGAGGGCAAGAGUCUUGAAGGUCGUUAACCUCGACUUCUAUUGGCACACUCACGAUAUUGAGUUGGUCCAUCAGCUUCGGGAGUUUGAUAAUGUUCGUGUCGGACGACUCGAGCACGAUUCAGCUUUAAAGGAGAACCCGCGCUUACGGGACGAGAUAUUGGCAAUUCGUCAACUGGGAGGGAUAUUCAAGAAGACUUUGGUUCUCUCUCACCGUAUGUGGAACGGGAGGGCUAAUCUUGUCGAGAACAUGCCCGCCGUUAGUCAGCUCUUUAACGAGCUUGAGCAUCUUUUACAGUCCAUUUCCUUGACCGACGCGGAGGUGAUGUGGGUUGGGGAGGCCCAUUACGUUCUGCUUGUCCUUGCUUCACGUAGCGUUUCCAUCCCCCGAGACGCAGAGUUUGAGCUACCGGAGAGGGCUAGUAGACUCUUGGAGAGUUUCACUCGGUCUUGCGCCGAUGACGAAAAGGAACACCGAAGAUUGUCUAGUUCCUUACGAAAAAGAUGGCAAGUAGUAAGAAAGGCCUUUAGUCAUGGACGGAGACCGCUGCACAUGUAGUUUCGAUGUAGUUUACAAUUACCCAAAUUCUAUCUUGAUGCGUUUCUAAAUGCAUAAUAUUAACCCCGG